AUGUAUUAUUAGCAUGCGAGAUGCUAUAGGGGGCUCUAGAGAAUAUAUAAAGGAUGUUGCUGUUGACUCGAUAUUCUAAAUUUUGGCCAAAGCAGACCACCCGGAUAACGAACUAAAUCAACCUAGCAAAUAUAUCAACGAUCUUUUAAAGAGCAAGACACUUCUAUACAAAAGCCCCAAGCUUCCUAACUGCACCCAUCAUACGACGAAGAUGCCUCAGAUUGCUGGCAAAGAAGUAGGCCCCAUCGGCUUUGGCCUCAUGGGAUUCACCUGGCGUGCAAACCCGUGCUCUCAGGAACAGGCCUUCGAAGCUAUGCGAACUGCGCUGAAAAGGGGGGUGAACUUAUGGAAUGGCGGCGAGAUGUAUGGAGUGCCAGAGUACAACAGUCUAGUCCUCCUAGAAAGGUACUUGGAGCAGUACCCCGAAGACGCCGACAAGUUCGUUCUUACUAUCAAGGGUGGCGCCGCCAAAGGUGGCAAGAUGAUAGACGGUUCUCCCGAGAACGCCCGCCGCAGUCUCGACGAUUGCAUUGCCCAGCUCAAGGGCCGCAAGAAGAUCGACAUGUUCGAAUAUGCCCGCAUAGACCCGAAGUGGCCUAUGGAGACUACUCUCGGUGUUAUCCAAAAAGAGUAUGUUGAGACGGGAAAGAUUGGCGGCAUCUCGUUGUCGGAAGUGCGAGCUGAGACCAUCCACAAAGCCGUCAAAAUCGUCAAGGUUGUCGCCGUAGAGGUUGAACUCUCGCUGUUCUCCACUGAUAUCCUAGAAAAUGGCGUUGCGGCCGCGUGUGCCCAAUAUGAUAUCCCGAUCAUCGCCUACUCGCCGCUCGGCAGAGGGUUGUUGACCGGCCAGAUAAAGAAGUACACCGACAUCCCGGAAGACUCCAUGCUGCGAUUCUUCCCUCGGUUUUCGCCUGAGAACUUUGACAUCAACCUGCAGCUCGUCGCGCAGGUCGAGGAGUUGGCCAAGAAGAAAGGGGUCACGCCAGGUCAGCUUGCCAUCAAUUGGACGAGGAUGAUAGCCAGGCGUCCUGGGAUGCCCACGAUUAUCCCGAUCCCUGGUGCGACGACGGCGGCGCGAGUGGAAGAGAAUAGCAAGCUAGUCGAACUCACGGAUGAAGAGAUGGCGCAGAUCGAUGCCACUUUGGCCAAAUUCACACCAGCAGGCGAGCGCUAUCCUGAGGGUAUUGCUACGAACACUUAGGCCAGGGGAGCGUUAAUUGGCAUAGAACUUAGUAGUAGGGAACUUAUUUAUACUAAGCUUCCUUCUUCAUUCAGAAGCUAGGCCUAUGUCCUGUACUUGCAGGAAAUCAAUAUAGAAACCAUCUCCUUAUGUAUGGUGUAUUCUGGUAACGGGUACCCUCCCUGUCUUAUUAUCUUGACAUCCCAAUGUAAGGUACUUAGGGGAAGCAUAGGCCUCUCAAGUUGCCCCAUGGAGUUGAGUGAUAGUUAAACACGUACCUAAUCAUUUCCUUCCCUCUAGUUAGGUACCUGCGUAAGCAAUAAAGCUAUGUGGCUGAAAUAAACAUUGCUCGUACCACACAAAUUGUAAAGUUUAGACUACUAGUUAGCGCAUUACCCAAAACGUCAACUUGAGUCGGAAUUCUUCGCAAUGAUUGGAUGGUGGGGUAAGACCCUG